AUGACAGGAACUGCUGCUUUAUGUUUGAAUGAACCUUCAACUAAUUUUAUGGCAAACUAUGACGCCUAUUACACACAGAAUCACGACCAGCCAUUGGUACUAGAUAGACAUAUCUUGUUUGGGACCGCGGAUUCCAUACUGAAUCAUCCAGAUACGCUGACCGCCAAUAAUGUUCGUUUUUUCAUCGGGAUCGACAUUCCAACUACUCAAAUGGCAGAAUUGUAUGACUCCGAGAUUAUAUCGGGCCUAUAUGGAUCCAGGGAAGAUAUAGUCAUGGUAAAUUUUGAUUCACAAUUUUUGGAAGAUUUCGUUGUGUCAGACUUAGAGACCCUGAAUACAAAUUUACAAAACGAUUCACGUUUGGUGUCGUAUUUAUGGAAUAAUUCACAAUUAUUGAAAAUGAUGGCAACACAACUGGCGAAGGAUACUGUUGAUACUUCAAAGAUACUUCACAGGUAUGUGAAUGUUUACAAGAGAUGCAACAGUUUUGCAGUAGAUCAUAUUGAAAAAUUCCAAUCGUUCAAUGAUUUAAUGACAUUGUUCAAUAUGACAAACUCUCAAGGGAAAGUAUUUGUCUUUAGCGAUUCCACCACAAAUGAAAACAUGCUAACUUUGCUAAUAUCUACUAUGUUGAAGAGAGACACUUCAAUGAAGGUACAGCAAGCAUAUCAUUUCGUAACAAAUCUCAUGGAUACUCCAGCCGACAACGUCAGGGUGGAGAGAAUCUUCCUAUGUAGUGGUCUAACAAACUAUGUGGAGUCUGUGAAAAGGUUUAACUCAAUAAAUGGAAGAAGACAGCUGGUAACUAAUAAUUAUAAUUCGGCCACUUCGUCGUAUGCUCAUGCGAAUAUGUCUAAAAGAUCCAUGCGUUAUACAGAUUCUUCUAACAUUGCCACCACAACUACCUCCACCACUAAUGAUAAUGACCAUGCUGGUCAGACAGCUACCGGUAAGAGAGCUCGUUCCGAUUAA